CGCGGGAGGAUCAGCGCCAGACAAAUUGCUUGUUCAGGUCGAUAAGGUUUUUCAGUGUGAUGGGGUGGCUUGCAGGACAUCCAGAAUUUGAGUUGCAAGACCUCGCCGCGCCAAGUGUUCCGGGCUCCGGUCACCCUGAUCCACCGGCAUAGCAAAUCGCGAUGUGACAAAACAUCGUUUGUGGCACAGGAGGUCGGUUUCGGCUACAGUCUGAAUGAAUCACCACGAAUGCGGUCAAGGUCAGGAGUAUGGCCGUUGUACGUACCUAGGGUACCCAGCUUCCAAUUCACCUUGCGAAGUCCUGUGUCACCUACCGCCUCCGUCCUCCAUCAUCGUUGAUUUUUGUUUGGUGUGAAGAAUGUCUUCACGAACCAUGACGCCUGGCGAAGCCUGGAUCACUAGACUUUGCUCAAGUCUACACAUCUGCGUCGUUCAGGAAGUGGCCUUGGCUUUGAACAUCCCGAUGCUAAAAAUCGACUUCAACUCAAGUUUUAUUGAGAACGGCGGAGACUCUUUAUCAUCCCUCAAUCUCCAGUCUUCUUUGAGAAAUCUGGGAAUAUAUGUCACCUUCGAGACCAUUCUUACUGCCAAGAGUAUUCUGGAGCUGGUACAUUCUGUGACCUCCAGUCGACGCCAUGUUCCCAUUGAUGGAGGGCCCUGGGAGUAUCCCAAUCGAACGGGAAAUAAACGUCGCCCAUCAGUCUCUUCCACGUGCAUCGAUGUUCGGCAUCGCAAACGAAUUCGUAGGGCCUCCUCAUCUGCAAGUACCGGUGGCCAACAAUAUCCUAUGACGGAACUGCAGUUGGCCUUCAUACAUUCUAGGAUUUCAUACCCGGAGAGGAACGUAAUACUGUACCAAGAGGUACAUAAAACCGGCAACAUACCUGCCUUGAGGGAAGCUUGGAAAAAGGUGUUGAAGUCAGAACCAAUUUUUCGUAUGCGAUUUGAAAUCAAUGAGAGCGGAGGAUUCAUGAUCCAGGAAGAGAAUGCGAAAUUCGAUUGGGAAGAGAUCAUUGUCGACAGUACGGAAAUGCUAGAGCAGCAGACUGCAGGAAAUGCUGAUGACCUUGACGAGCAGGAUGGGCUUCUCCUCAAUCGCUUCAAAGUGGUCACUUUCCGUGAGCGAAGCUACGUCAUAUGGCGGGUACACCACGCCUUGAUUGACGGCCAUUCGCAGGCACUUUUGCAAGAGAAACUCCAGAAAGCGUUGACAGGUCAAAAAAUCGUUUCUGGGCCGUCAUUCGGAGAAUUUGCUCUACAACUCCGGGCAUUGCAAGAGCGAUGCAAAGACAUCGGGAAAUCGUACUGGUCGAAACAACAUCAGGAGCACCCAGCGGCAACAUCUGAGCUGUUGCUGCCAGCGCCAACCCCAUCUUCUAUAGACCGGUCGAAGCAUGUUCAGGAAUUUGUUCGCUUCAACAUCGAUCUGCCCGAACUUUCGCUCUUCUGCAAGCAUAUUGGCAUAACCCUUUCCUCAGUGUACUCGGCAGCCUGGGCGUUGACAAUCUCCCAGUUCAUGGAUUCGGACGAUGUGUCAUUCGGUUCGGCGCUUUGCGGAAGGACCCUUCCAAUCCCUGGGGCGGAAAGCAUCGUGGGACCUACUAUCAAUACGCUCCCUGUCUUUAUUCGUAUCGAUCGUACCGUGUCUGUCAUGGACUGGCUACGCUAUGUUUUGGAGCAGCUUGCACAGCUUACAUCCUUCCAAUGGACGACGUCGGAGCACGGCGUUUCCCGAAAGUUUAGCACAGCUCUGAAUGUACAACUGGCUCAUCCGGAAUUAUGUCGUACACAGUACGAUCCUAUUGAGCAUCCGCUGGGGAUUGUGCUUUCAGAUGUUCCUCUGCACGUCGACAUCGCCAGCAACGGAUCAAUCCAAAUCGGUUACCAUACUACCAGUUACUCCUCAGCACAGGUCGAAAUCAUCGCUGAAACAUUCCGAAAUGCUCUUCAAGUGCUCCAACGCCCUUCCGUGAGCAUGAGUGAAUGCCUUGGCAGGGUCCUUCCACGUACGCAGGCGACUAUGCUGAGCCGCUUUGGGAACUGGGAGGCUGCGACUACCCGUGAAGACUUUUACAACGAAGAUCUUGUAUCCUUGUUUACCAAAGCGGUCGCUGCUUGUCCGGAAGAGAUCGCCGUAUCACGCGGGUCACGUCAAUUGACGUAUCAGGAGCUGGAUCGGAAGUCCUCCAUUGUCUCUGAGCGUCUUCGGCAAUAUGUCCAUGAAGGGGAUGUUGUAUGUGUUCACGCAGACCGCUCCCUCGAAUGGAUAAUAGCCAUCUACGGCAUCCUUAAAGCCGAGGCUGUCUACUGUCCGUUUGCUGAAGAUAUGCCGUCGGCAGUCAGAGAUAUGAAUUUCCAGACGGCGAAGGCGAGGGUUUUCUUGACCCCGACCGAGAAUACAAAACAAGCUAAACCAGAGUCCUGCGAGGUUUGCUUAUCGGUAGAGGAGAUAUUCUCUGUUGGCGGCCCAUCUGCAGAGGCGGAGAGCCGUCUAACGACGAGCAGACGCCGGCCUAAUUCGCCAGCGUACCUUUGUUUUACGUCUGGCUCUACUGGGAAGCCCAAAGGUGUCCUUUGUCGACAUAGAGGUCUCGUGGCUUUUCAAAGCGAUCCUGAAGUCCGUCUGUUUUCACGACCAAAGCGCAAAAUCGCUCAAGUCAUGUCGCCUAAUUUCGAUGGCAGCAUUCAUGAGAUUUUCUCAGCCCUAAGCUACGGCGCUGAACUUGUUCUGAAGGACGCCUUCGAUCCUUUUGGUCACAUCAGAUCCGCCGACAGCGUGAUACUCACACCGUCUGUGGCGAAGGCGAUGAAUCCAGACGACUAUCCAAGGCUCGAAACCGUCUAUCUCGUCGGUGAAGCAGUUCCACAGAAGGUAUGCGACGAUUGGGCCUCGAAGAAGAUCCUGUACAACAUGUAUGGUCCUACCGAAGCAACAUGCGGCGCCACCAUCAAGAGACUGUACAAGGGGCAACCGGUAACGCUUGGAGUGCCCAAUGUUUCGACGAGAAUAUACAUUCUGAACAAGGAGAAGCGCCUUGUGCCCCCAGGAACUAUCGGGGAGAUAUAUCUAGCGGGAGUGCAAGUGGCACUGGGGUACGUCGGUCGGCCUGCUGAAACCAAGGCUCGAUUCUUAACAGAUACGAUUCUUCCUGCUACGUGCGAGUAUAUGUACCGGACUGGCGAUCGGGGUUUCUGGAGCGAAAGUGGUCAGCUGAUCUUCCUGGGGCGUAGUGAUCGUCAGAUCAAGCUUCGUGGUUUUCGGGUCGAUCUUGAUGAUCUAGAGAUUCGUAUGUUGGAGGCUGGUUGCCAAGUAAAAGCAGUAGCGGUUGCUGCCCAAGAUGAUCAUCUCAUUGCUCAGGUGCAACCGGCGGACAUUGACCUUGUGGCAUUCAAAGAGGCUCUCCGGAAACACAUUCCGCCCUACGCAAUGCCACGCCACAUAAGCGCAGUGGACGCAUUUCCAUUGACAGCAGUUGGAAAGCUGGACUAUAAGAAAGUGAUAAGCCAGGCGUCAAGCCCAGAAGAAUCGAAUUCGGAAGAGAGGCCGCUUGACCACACGGAGAGAAUCAUCGUUAUGGCUGUCAGAGAUAUCUUAGGCUUUCCAACGGAGGCAGACGUCAAUUUGGAUGCCAGUUUUGCAGAUCUGGGAGGACAUUCGAUCUUUUACCUCCAGCUUUCGCACCGGCUUGCCAAGAUUCUCAAACGCCCAGUUCCGCUGCAGCUCCUCCUCGAGACACCCUCACUGCGGGCGUUAUCAACUGCAUUGAGAUGCUCCGAUGCGAACGAUGACUUCCAUUACCGUGUGCCAUCCCAUCCACUUGGUGAACAUGGUGUGUCGCCCAUCGAAAAAGACUGGUGUGAGAAGCACCGUGUAGGCUCGUCUUCCUCCUUCAACGUCACGUUCGCCAGCCGCCUGGACGAGUCCGUGAAGAUUGGGAGAUUGAAAACAUCUUGGGACCACGUUUUGCGGCGUCAUCGCAUACUUAGCUCCACAUAUGAUCUGACAACGUCAACCAAGGCGUUGAUAUUCACAGGCCUUCGGCGCGAAUAUUUUCCAACACCUCCGACCGCUGAAAUCGUGCCCACGAUCGAUAUCGACCGCGAGAUUAACAUCGCCUUCGAUCUGCACAGAGAUUAUCUAAUCAAGGUGCUGAUAUCACCGAAAUGCAUGCUAGUGGUCAUUAGCCACAUUCUUUGCGAUUACACCACGCUGAAGCUACUUCUACAUGAAGUCGCUGAGACGUAUGAGGAUAGACCCUUGCCGGUGGUCCGGAAAGAAUAUUCUCAGGUACAGGUUCCCAUACGACCCUCUCCUGGUAAACUCGCCUUUUGGGCCAAUUAUCUGUCUGGAGCCGAACAAUCGCUUGACUUGGGGUUUUGCAGUAAGCCUCGUGCAACAUGGGCGGGAACAUCUCGAUUUGGCAAAAUACCGAUGAAUACUCACCGUCUCCUGCGUACUUUUGCCACGCGUCACCAAGUGACCAUGCACCAGGUCGCCCUCGGUGCCGUGGCCAUGGCAUUCACCCACCACGCCAAGAUUUGCGAUAUCACAUUAGGAGCGCCGUAUUUGAACCGCCAUUCGGAAGAGGAGCAGAAUGUCGUCGGUCUGUUCCUGGAACCUUUGCCCGUAAGGAUAUAUCAUGACCCGACAGGCAGCGGCACUUUCAUUCAAUCGGUGAAGACCGCGAGCAGAGCGGCCCUCUCGAAUGCUGUACCCUGGCAUCACCUGUUGUCGCACCUCGGGAUCAAUCCAGCGUUCCCCAAUCAUCCCAUCUUCGAAGUGAUGGUCACGUUUCACGACGUACACGACAGCGUCGAAUUCACGCUCCCGGGCUCGAAACCAAUUGAAACGUGGGCGCAAGGGGCCAAAUUCAAGCUGAUGGCUGAAUUCACAGCAAGGAGUGACGGGGCUUUGUCUUUGAGGCUGGAGUAUAGCACUGAGUGCUUCAAUGAAGAUGAGAUCAGAAAAGUCGAGAGACUGAUCAGGUUGGCUUUGACCGGUUUGGCAGCAAAUGAGGGUUUUGAUGAUGUUCGGAUGCGGUUGAGGAACGCAGCCUGACGACAGAGAGCGUGAUCAAAGAUGAUUAUGUAAUGACCAUUAUGUAAUGUUGGCCAAGCUUGCCGCCACUGUCAAAUUAUCUGCUUAAGAACACAAGAUCGGGGGACCACUCAGGUAUGCUAUAAACAUGGGUAUAAAGUAGCGAGACGGUUUUUCGUCUCGAUUUUGUUCGUUGUCACCCUUCUUGACAGAUUAAUCGUGUCGAUUGUUUGCUACUGCUUGUCCUUCACCGUCUCCAGCUCAACCACGCCUUGCAAUGCGGCCAGCAAGCUCGGUCAAUCGUAACUCCAAAUCCACGAAACACUGCUCCCUUGACCUGCCUUGCGGCGUUCCAGACUGAGAGCUUGGCGUACCUCCUUUAGCACCAUUUGCGAUCUCCACGCCUUCUGCUCCUCAGCAUCAAUCCCGAAGUCUCCAAGUCCGAGUCCAGGA